GUUCAAGUUUAGGUUUUUGUCAAGGGCUAUACAUAGAGCUUGCCUUUGUUGACGCUCUCGAAGUGAUUUGUCUUGCGUAAAGCUCCCAAUCAGGAUUUUUGAAUUCUUUUCAAUGGCUUCAUAUACCGAAGAAGAAAUGGCCAGAUUAGAUGUGUUAUAUUAUGGUGAAGCAGAGAUGAGUACCGAGAACAUGAGGAAAUAUAGUGCACAAGUGGGAGCCACUGGGGGCUAUGAUGUUGAUGUUUAUCCUGGUUUUGCGAUCGGUUUGAUUAUUCCGGUAAAACUUGUUCAGGCUGAGCACGAGGAUUUAACUCCAUAUGCAGAGAAGACUAUAGGCUACUUCAAUGACCAAAAUCAUACAAAUUUCAAGUUUUUAGAGCUUCUUAAGGCAAAUGUACAAGUUUGUUCUGGUGCUAAGUUUUAUCUCACUUUCAAGGCCAAAGAUGUUGACAAUGGAAAGAUUGAAACCUUUCAAGGUUUGUAUGUUCGUGGCAUUCGAGUUCAUGAGGUGCUAGAGUGUAGGAUUAAGCCUGUUACUACUUGAGAGCUUGCCGCCAAGCAGGAUCAUAAAGUGAAGAAGACAGUCACGUGCUACUGAUUAACGUGACUCUUUUAUUUUCUGUUUAGGUUGUAUUUGUUUUCAGACUUUUAAUAGCCUUGCAUUUCAGGUCUCCAGUGUUUGCUUUUUAGUUAAUUUUCUUUUGCACUUGUAUAGGAGUUAUCUACCUUGUGGAUUAGUGACUUUAUUCCACAUAGCCAACUGCCCAACACAUUUGUAGCGGUUGACUGACUAGAUGUUUCAAUUUAAUGAAACGGUUUAUUCAGACUUAA